CAGCUAAAUAGAAUGUCAAUAUUAGAAUAGGCAUUAAAAAAGGCAGUUGGUUUGGGAUAUUUGAAAUGGGGAUUAAUAUUUGGUGUUGCAAAUGGGAUGGCAGUGUAUUCAUAUUAUAGAGAGAAUCGAAAUAAUAAUGAUUUGGAAGCAUAUUAAUAAUCAGUGUCAAGAUAUGUUUCUUAUUAAUCAGGAAAGAUGGCAGAGAGAAAGAUUCCAAAAUGGUUAAGAAGUCCUUUAUUUUAAUUAUUUGGUUAUGUGUAUAAUGUAAAUUAUGAGGAUAUGGUGGAGCCAUUAGAGAAUUAUGAGAAUUUUUAACAAUUUUUUACAAGAAAGAUAAAGAGUAGAGAAUUUGUUAAAGAGGGGAAUAAAUUGAUAGUACCAGCAGAUUCAAAAGUGCUGUCAUUUUGUGAAGUGAAAGAUGACAGUCCAAUAUUAGUUAAGAAUAUGCAUUAUAAAUUGGGAUAUUUUUUAACAGGAUAAGAGACCUUUGAGAUGAAUGCAAAAGUAUUAGAAGAUGCAAGAAAAAGAGAGAAUACAAAAUUAUAUUCAGUGAUAUUUUAUUUGGCACCAGGAGAUUAUCAUAGAUAUCAUUUACCUUGUGAUUUUGAAUUGAAAAGUAGAAGUCAUAUAGUAGGUCAUUUGGCUCCAGUGAAAAUAAGUUAUAUAGAAAAGAAAGAAAAAGUAUACGAGACAAAUGAAAGAGUAGCAUUAUUUGGAACUUAUUAAUAUGGAUUAAUGAAUAUAGUAUUGGUAGGUGCUACAAAUGUUGGAUCUAUGACUUUAAAUUAUGAUGUAGAAUUUUAGACGAAUAGAAAGGCAGAAGAAUUAUUUGUAUAUAAACAUUAUGAUCCAAAAAUAUUUUUAAGGAAAGGAGAUGAAUUAGGAAUGUUCAAAUUGGGUUCAACAGUAGUGAUGAUGUUUGAAGCAGAGAAUGUCAAAUGGAACAUAGAGGAAGGUUAAAAAUGUAGAUGGGGAGAUGUAUUUGCAGAAGUAAGUUGA